AUCCCAAUGACUUUAAGGGGAUCCCUAGAAAGUGCAACCAUCAAGAAGCCAUAGAUGCAUGCGCCCUACUUGGAAGACCAUUGGCCAAAAUAAUAAACAAAGACCAGCUAGCUAAAGCUCAAUCCAUUUUGUCAAUGCUUGGGUAAAAAGUGUUUUACAUGUUUACCACACAGUUUUUAAAAUCUCAGCAUUUACCAAAUCUAAGUGAUCACUAAUUGAGUCAUUAUUGUCACUAAGGGAGUUCAUGGAUAGUUGACCUCUGUGCUAGAAAAAUAAUUUAGAUGUCUUAUGUUUAAAUUGUUAUAUUUGUAAAAUGUCGUCUUGGUUAAAAUAUGUUAUUAUUUUUGAUGUGAUGAAAAUUUAAUAUGUAGAAUGUAUUCAAAAAACAUUUCCAUUUAUUUGGAUCAAUAAAAUAACCUUAUGUUGUCUUCAACUAACGAUGAAGAUUUACAUCGGCCUGAAAUUAAUAAACUUUUUUUUUAUUAUAUUAUUUAAUAUUUAACUUCUUCUUUUACUUAAGCAGAACUGCCUCUGACCUAAUCUUUAUGUCUUAUUUGCUUUAAUAUUUAAUAGAUGAAAUUUUUAAUGGUUGCCUGAUUAGUUUUAAGCCUUAUUGAGAUGCUCUGCAAUAAAUAAUAUUCAUAAAUCAUUCUCUGACCUUUUAAAUCCAUUAAAAGGCUAAAAAUUUAACAUUUUCAAAAUAUAUUUUAAAACUUGGAACAACCAAUAUUGUCAUUUAAAUGUUCCUUUCUGCCCCAAAAGGACAAGUCUUUAAUGAAUUUAGUCAAUAUGUAUCUAUUUCCCAGUGAUGAUGGAUGGCUGUCACUCCGAUGGAAAAGAGAAGACAAUGACUACUUGUGGCCAGAUGGUCAAAAAUUGACAUCCAGCUUCUCAAAUUUCCCAGAACUACCCCAGGUAUAGGAUUAUCUAAUAUUUUGAAUUUCAGCCAAUGUUCAAUAAUAUUUUUCUUAAAUGUUGUCCCCUCGCACAAUUUAGAAUUUAUCUUCCUUGUACACUAAACCAUUUCGUGUGCAUAAGUUGAAAGCAGUAAACCUACUUGCAGCAUAAGUUAUACAAUCAACAUAAAUACAGUUUUUUUUAGUUUACUCAUUUUUAAACUUAAAGGAAUGGCAGCUUUCAUUGAGCUACAUAAUUAUGAAGACUCUUUAUUAAAAAUGUUCAUUAUGUUAAAGUUAGUCCUAUAUAAAUUAAAAUUCCGUUAUUUGUGAAUUACUUCCAUUGCUUGUUAUUUAAACCCCCUAUAAUUUUCAAAAUGUAGCAUUUAUCCUGAAUUCAAAAAAAAAAAAUGUGUGGUUUGCUGACAUGCUUGUAAUCAUGUUUGUCCACAUUGUCCACAGGCCAAUGUCAACAGUAGGGAAUACCACUGCGCAUCCAUCAACAAGAAGACUGGCUACUGGUACACUGAGGGAUGUGAGGAGUUAUUUUUCCCCCUCUGUGGACCACCAGGUAAUUUAGUCCAUCAAUUACAUGUCCUUGUUCCCAGGGGGCAAGACCACUGCACUUUUUAUAAAUCCCAGGAUGUGACUAUAUGCUUUGAUUAUUUUUUUUAGAGACUGCUAAGAAAGUAUUUUUCCACGCAUGGGACAAUUAGAAUUAAACGAUUAAAUCUCAGCACAGUACACAUAGAUCUUAAAACCCAUGGCAUUAAAUAAAGUUUAUGUUUCAUUAUAGCUGUCAUGCUAAUUACCAGUUCCUACACGUCACCUAAUAUUGUCGUUUUUAAAUGAAAACAUACAAUAAUAUCAAGCAGCAAAUUUUCAAUAUUAACUCUUGGUGCCUUAUGAAUGCCUACUUCGUUCUAUGCUGAAAUUCAUUGCUUGAUCAGUUACUAGAAUUUAAUUUGUAUUGCUGCAGUGGAAAGUACACCUACUAUAUACAGUCCCUUCUAUCCUGUGGAUGGAUUCUCUUCUCUGUCUGAGCUGAGGCAGAAACUUCAGAGACAAGGAACACAGGUGAUGGCCAUAGUUUGUAAGAUGGAUUAAAUGUGGCAUUUUCAACAUAUCAAGACUGAGGAAGGUUCUAUAUAUUGUUCUAAUAAUGCUAUACAAGAGAUUUAAUUGUAUGUAGCCAUAGAGCUAGAGCAUUAUAAGGGUCAUUGAAUAAUCCAUAUGGUAUUGAAAGCAGUUUUAAACCUAAAUGAACUAAAAAAUAAAUUUAAAUGGUCAACUGCCCAUGCAUUUAUCACAACUCUUAGCUCAACUCUCUUUAUGCAUGCAUUCCUCGCCACCCAAUAGCAUUUGUUAAGUGGGUUUCAGCUCUUUGUAAUGGAAAUAAUUGAAAAGGAUGUGUAAGAAUUUAAGUGCCAUCUUUUGUGAUUACCAUAACUGUUGCAUAGAAUAUCUGACUCCAUCACUGGAGACUUUGUCCAUGGGAGUUCAAAGGGGGUCGACCAAUCCUGAUGUGAGUCUUAAGAUAUAGGAAGAUCAAAGAGCAGGAUUCAAUGUUUAUCUUAACUUUUGACUAUUUUACUAAUAGUUUUUAGGACACAUCCCCCCCAAAAACACACACACACAGACACACAUACUUUGUCUCAUUUAUGUAAUAUUGAAAAAUAAGUUUAAAAAAUUUAAUCAACACCACCUAAAAAAAAUGUCCACAGAGCUAUAUAUGCCCUAAUCAACACCAACUAAAAAAAUGUUCACAGAGCUAUAUUUCCCCUAAUCAACACCAACUAAAAAAAUGUUCACAGAGCUAUAUAUCCCCUAAUCAACACCAUCUAAAAAAAUGUUCACAGAGCUAUAUAUGCCCAAACCCUGUUGAGAUUGAAUGCAGUGCUGUUACCAAAUUCGGCCAGUGGGUCACAAACCGUGACCAGCAGGGCACCACCAUCACAUGCAGAUCAGAUUCUAUCAAGUGUGUGUCAGGUCAGGAACUGGACUGUACAUGUUUCCGUGUGCGAUUCUUGUGUCCUCAGGGUAAGUUCAGUGCACUCAUUUUUUUUUUGCUGUCAUUUAAGGUAAUCCCCACUUUUAAGUUAAUGAAGAUCUGUAACCUCUAAUUUUUCAUUACCGAAAGACCUGCGUGGUGUUACACCCAGUGAAGGAAAGCAAAGCAGAGAGGAUGCCAUUAAUUCACAUUGGCUUUGCUGAUUCUGUCUCUCUUUCUCUUUUGUUGAGAUCUUAUUUUUUAGAGUAAUAAUAAUUAUACAUAAGUUCAUUUACUUCCUGUAACCUUGGUUUUGCAAAAUCCAACUUCUGUCAAUAACAAUGGCGAUCACUUGAGUUUUUGACUAGUUCUUAUUUCUUGUCCCAUUUUCAGUUGUCCUUUCUGCUGAGGAAGGCUCUUAUCUUUUGUCCUGUCUUUUAAUUCAAGCUUCCACAUACCUGAACUAUACUAUUUCCUUCAUUCGGCUUCAAUGCAGUCCUUUAUUCAUUAACACUAUCUUCUAGAUGGUAACCAAUGUGAUGAACUUCUAGCACUGAGUGUAAACCCUUGUGAUGGAGGCAGAGUCUGUUUCCCCAUCAGCAACCACUACGUCUGCCAGUGCCCACCUGGAUCUCUUUACAAUGAGCAUGCACAGACCUGCUCCUGUAAGUAUAACCUCGGAUAAGUCUAGUGAGAUAGGUCAGGUUAGUUAGAGACAUAUUUGUGCACCACAAUGGGCGGGAUUUGGCAUUACAACCUAAGGGCAGUAGGUUCAUAUUUGUCCAGGAUUAUCCCCAGCUAGGGCUCCCAGUUUUCUUUUGAAUGAAGGAAAUCUCCUUUUUAAACAAAUUCAGUUAUGUUGAAGUUUUGUGUAGGACUAGAAAUUUUCCAAUACACAAAGUUAAAAAGAUCUUUCAGAAGUGUCCCCUCAACCCACCCACCUCCCAAAAUAAAAAAAAUAAUAAAAGAGGCAGCUAUUCAUUGGUAUUUUGUUAACAGAAAGCCAAUAGUAAAUGAAUAUUCUUGCACAAGUGACCUGAACAUUUUUGUUUGUUCAAGUCUCUGAUUAUUUGUGUAAUUUGAGCUGAUAGAUCUAAAUAUUUUAAAAUUGAUUGUGCGAUGAUGAGUUGAAUGAUUCAUCUCACCAUGUAAUAUUAACUAAACAGCCGUUAAAGAUCAGUGUAAGACUUGACUUGUUUCCCGGGUCAGAAUGAGCAGUUGUCUUUGAAUUUUUGCAGUUGUUGAUGAUCUUAUUGCUAUUUUUUGUUGUUUCAUAGCAUUUUGUGGUGAAUGCUCAGCUUGGGGUGACCCUCACUACACGACAUUCUCUGGCAAAAAAUACAACUUCAUGGGAACUUGCAAGUAUGUUUCCCUUAUGAUUAUUUGCUGGUGCAGGAGUUAUUUUCUUUUUACCUUUGACCCUUAUAGCCAGUCACACCUUUGUGAAGUCAAGGUGAUCCCUGAAUAUUAAAAUGUUAGGCCAAGAAUAUUAAUUUUAGAAAUGAUAUUUAUCUUGCAGAAACAAUGACACAUAACUAUGGAGGGUCUUUUGUACCCAGCUUAAAGAUUCCCUGUUGUAGGAUCUGAAUUAUGUUAAUGUAGAAAGAUAUGAAAUAUUCAUCAUAAAAUCCUUAUUUCCAUAUCAAUAUGGGACCAGCUUUUCAGUAGCAUAGGUGAAAUAAAUAACAAAUUUAAAAUUGACAACUAUGCCUUAAAGAUCUAUCCUGUGUCCCCAUGCAAAGAAAUUUUUUUUAACUAACUGAUCCUGGCUGUUUCUUGGUCUUUCCAUCAGAUACAAAUUCACUGGAAUUUGCAAUCUUGAUCAGUUUGGAACAGCACCAAGCUUUGAUGUCCUCACCAAGAACUCUCCUUGUGGCAGUACAGGAGCCUCCUGCAUCAGUGGGCUUGAAGUGCAGCUCAGGAAUAUCCCAGUGGUUAGAAAUGGUGCAGAAAUCAGGGAAAAUUUCAAUUUUUUGGUUGCUGUUGGAGCUUCAAGUUAUAAGGUAAGCCACUCAUUAUUCCCAUAAUUUAAUUAUUAUACUUGAGCCCUGCAAAGUUUCAAAAAUAUAUAAAAUAUUUUAUGAGGCAUUAUGAGGUCCUAAUGAAGAAAAUACCAAAGUAAAACUGUUGUUCAGAAGUUAAAUAAGGUAUGAUUCUUUUAUUGAUCCUAAUAAAUGAUUUUUUUUUUUGAAUACAGUCUACAUAUUCAUUUUCUGCCCUUAACCAAUAUUUUUAAACUAGAACCUUUUAAAUACAAGACAUCUAAAUUGUUUAUCAAGCCCAAAAAUCAUCUGUCAUAUUAUUAUAACACAGAAAUUCCCUCCAUUAGUGAUAAUAAGUAAAUAUUUAUGAGUGAUUAUUUAGAUUUUGCAGCGGGGUUUUGGGGGGAGCACAGUGGAAAAUUCUGACAGAUUGGGUAACAAAGAUUUUUUUUUACAACUUUGGGUCCUGUAGUUACCAUGAAAAUAUAAAAAUAAUCAAAUAACCUUUUCUAUUUUUACAGCUCAAUGAUAUGGUGAUCUUCCAAAUGGAGUAUAGCAUUAAGGGUGUUUUCACCACCAUUGUCAAGUCUGGGUACUUUGAGCUGAGUGUCUAUCCUCUUGACCUGAAUGUGCUCCUUAGUGGCAGCAAGCUUAAAGUACAAAUCCCAGGUAAUAAAUAGGACCAGUAUUCAAAUGAAGAUAAUUAUUAAAAUUGAACUAUGAUCCCAUGGUUUGUUUUGGGCAAAUUUUAUUUUUGAAAAUUAGUGACCUAUUAGGACUUUAAUAUUGUACCCAACAAAAGGGUGUGCACUCCUGCUUUUCAUUUUCUCAUUUUUUUUGUUAUUUUUAUGUUGAUAAACAAUUCCAAGGAUUCUCACCCAUUCUAAAAAUGAAAAAAAAUAACAACAGGCAACAAAUUAAAUUGUAAUGAAAUGUUUCAAUACAUACAUGAUGAUAAUAAGAAGAAAUGGUGUGCCUUAAUGUAAUGUAGUUUAAUAUCAUUUUUUUGACAAGCUCACUAGAGGGGCCAUACAACUUUCUGUGUAAAAACUAUUCUGGUUAUACUCCGAAAAUUGAAACAGAUACAUGUUUUUGUUCUUGUUUUACAAUGAGCACGGAUUGACAAACCUCUAAUCUAGAGUAAAGUCAUAAGCUCCAUGUCAUAAUCAUUAAUUUUUUAAAUUACAAAAUGGAGAAGAAUACUGUUCCAACUGCAUUUUUAUUAUGCUUUCAAGAAGUUGUUGCACAGACUCAGAUGAAGAAUCGGUGAUCAAGUGGUAAAGAAAAAUAAGAAACUCUGUCAACAGUGAUCAUUCCCUACCAUUAUCUUCACCAGGACAAUUCAAAAACAAAAUGUGUGGCCUUUGUGGUGACUGUGGCACAGACUUGUUUAAGCUGCGUAAUGGCUCCUCCAUCAGUGUGCCUGCCCGCAAUCUAGACUGGGACAGCAAAGUCAUGGCAGUGUUGGCCUCGGACUGGAAGGUCUUUGACCCAGCAUCCAGCUCCGCUGAGUAAGCUUUACAGUUUAAGAUAAUUGGUUCAGUGGAGAAAGUAUACUUAAAUACUGUUCAUUCUCUAAGCAUGAAAUACCUAGUGAUAAAUGAUUUUUGUUAGUUUUUUUUUAUGCCCUUCUAAGAAAUACCAAGGUUGUGUUAAAUAGGCGUUGAAAAUUAAUCAUAGCCGAAUCAUAAGUGCCAAAAAUCAAGGUACGUUGAACCUCUGGGAACACCAGCCUGAACUUACUUCUGUGUUAAUCUAGAUAAAUAUCAUGGGGUUAGAAGGUUAAAAUGGAAAAAACACCACAAAGAAAGCUAGAUCAAUAUAGUAACUACUAGUUUUGAACCCUUUAUGACUUGUGAAUCAGACAAAUAGUCCAGACAGCUAAUUGUUGUAUUAUAUUGAUUGUUUUUUUUUAUUCACACAAAUAAUAAUAAUAAAGUUCAUUUCAAAAACACGCUUCAUCCCCAAAGGCUCGAAGCGCGGUACAAAGUCAACAAAAAACAAAUCUAUUAUUUACCACAUUUAAAACAAAUUGAGAUUCCGCAGUUGUAAAAAUUAUAAUGGUAAUAAGAAAUUAGAACAUUUAACUAUAAACAUGACCUAAAAAUUUGGAAUUUCUCAUUGUAGAAUUUAUUUCCUACAUGUAAGUCUUAAUUUUCUCAAAAUUAUUAUUCCUUGAUUUAUUAUAGCUUCAUUAUUCUUGUAUUCUUUCUGACAAUUUUAAAAUGUUCACAAAAGAAGGUUAAGCUAUUUUGAUGAUAAAUUCACCUCCAGCUGUCAAGUACCUGUUGUUUUACCUGAUGAUAACUGCCCAGAGAUCAAACGAGUGGAGCUUGCCAAGUCCAAUCUGUGUGGAGUGUUUCUGGACAAUUCCAGCUCUAUCCAAGAGUGCUUUGCCAGGGUAGGUCAUUUUUUUUUCUUCAUUACUUCAAAUGUUAGCCUCCAAACUCCAGAUUCACAGUUCAGGCUAUGUCUUGUGAACCAAAGAAUGUGAUUAUGAGAAGAAAAAAGAAAAAUUGUCUUUAUGAUGAUAUAAUAUGUGAAAUUCAUUUUAAAAAAAAAAAUAUUCGUUUAUAUACAAGAAACAAUUUUCAUGCAUUUUUUAUCUGACAUUUGUUCCAUCCAGUUUAUUGAGUUGUUGUUUUUUUGUGUGUGGUUUUCCUGGUUAUUCAAAUCAAAAGUUGGCAUGGUUGAUUGGAACUUUUGUUUACCUUUUGUGUACAAAUCAGUAUUGGUUAAAAAUGAAGCUUAAGCUGAUUGGUCUGCUCAAGGUGAUCAUUGAUUAGUGUAGAAUCUCAAAGUGGCAAUGGUAUAAGGAGUUUCAUUGAUUUCUAAGUCCUAUCCAAGUGUUAAUCUAUUCUGGGAAUAUAUUGUAGAGAGUUCAGCCCAGGGGUGUGGCUAAUUGACACGCAUAGCAGAUUUCAAUCUAACAAAGGAGGCAGGAAUUGGACAGUGACCGCAGAUAAAUUAAGACAUGGAAUGCAGGGGAGGUGAAAGGUGCAGGGGCCAGGCAAGGGUGAAGGGUAAAACCCUCGGUCGAAAACUGGCAAACCACACGCACAUAAGAUUGCAGUAGAUGCCAUGGACCCAGGAAAGCACACGCUUAACAGGACACUAGGAUUAAUCAAGACUGUAGAAGACGGGGGAGGUCACCGGGCAGGUGUGAGAGGGAAAACACAGGGUACGAAGACUGACCACCAAGCACGAGCGUGACGGCGGCACUAAAAUAAUUGGCAUUAGAAAAGCACGGAAAAGUAAUCUUUAGAGACACUUCGGUUGGCUCGUGGACCUAUAAAAGGGGACGGUUAGUUUGGAGGUAGAGUGAAGCAGAGUCAAGCCAAGAGGAGCCGAGUACACUGAGUGAGCGAAGCCGGAGAGAGUUAGUCUGACGGUGGGCGGGGCGGACUGUCUAGUGUCCAGGAUAGACAUGAGAAGACACUAACCCGGGACAGUCAGAGCAGAAUUGACCGGUCUUGAUUGUCGAGCAGAUCAAAUAAAGUGGAAGUCUAACAGUGUGUUGCAGUAAGAGAGACAGAGUGAAAGAGGUUACCAUCCACAGAAAGUAGAUUGAGAACGAGUUGAGAUAAGGGGGAUUUCCUAACUAUAUUCACAAAUAGAUUUGGCGUUGCAGGUGAGAAUUGAAGCUGGCAGUGAUAUCUUGCAUGAUGGGGUAUUUAAGACCAGCAGCUGGUAAAACCAGAAGGGAUUAUAUCCAGAACCAGGAAAUAAGCAAAUGGCUGGCACCAUCCCACAAAUGAGCCAAUUUAUGGCCUAUCAACAUAUUGCUUGGCUCGGAAUGCCUGUCAACUCACCUGCAUUGCAAGCUUACAAUAUGUGGAAGAGCACUUGUCAGUGGAGUGACUGUGUUGGGACACACUCAAAUCUACAACAUGAACCUCAGUCAACUAUACCUCCACAUGCCAAUCGAUAAAAUUUUUCUCCUUUCAUAAAGCAUAGUUACAUCCACAUGUCAAUCGAUAAAAUUUUUCGUCUUUCAUUAAGCAUAGUUAAGAGGGAACUUGAAUAACAUUUGUAUAAAAUUCUAGGUUUUAAACAACGGGCCCUUUAAAAUAAUAAAAUUUUUAUUACAAACUUUGUUAUUCAUGUAAGCUCUUAAAAAUUUCCUAUGUCCUAUUUGUUUUCCACUGUUUUCUAUUCAGACAAACCUUGACCGCCAACAAUACUUCAAGGACUGUAUGUAUGAUGCCUGUAUACAAGCAGAUCCGCAGAAGUCUGUGUGUACAAUGGUGAAAGUUUUUGCCCAGGAGUGUUCAAGUAAAGGUGUUCCCCUGGACUGGAGAAGAGAAUCAUUCUGUCGUAAGAUACAUUUCACAUUAUGCUGGAAUGCAGUGUUCUUUCUGCUGAAAAUAGAUGAAAGUCAAAGCAAAACUAUCGUAUAACAAUGUAUUAUGGGGCACAACGACAUAUAAGGAAAUAAAUACAGCAGUGUCGAACAACUACCAUAAAUGUACCUUAGAAUAAAUGAAGUGCAGAAAAAGGGGAAAAAUGAUAAAGAACAAAGUAAGAUAUGAAAUUAUAAAGUAUAAUCUGAUUAUAAACCUAAAAAUAAUUGAAACAAUUCAAAGCCGCUAAAGUUCUUUUAAAUCUGGUUUUAUUUGAAGUCCUUCUCAUUUUUCCAAGUAGGCUCAUAAUAUAUGGAACAAAAAUUUCUCAUUCAUCAAGCCUUCAUAUUAACUCUUUGCUUUCUUUCAUGUUUCUGUGUGGCAAAAUCUUCAAAAGGCUAAUUGACCCACUUCCCGUCAUUCUAUCAAGCAGAAAUUUGGCACAUAUAAUGCUUGUCAAUGACAACAAAUUCAUUCAAACUUUCAGCCCCACUCCCCACCCCAACCCCCAAAAAAUGUUUUUUAAAGGUGUAAGGGGGGGGGGGUGCAGGGUAGGAAUGUUAAUGAUUUGUUCAAUGGUUGUGUGUUUCAGUAUGGAGAUUAAUCAUGUAGCAGUACAUUAUAGAAAAUGAGAAAAUUAAUGCUAUGGUCUCUACAUACCCUGAAAAGUCUGUAAAAACUAAUUCGGAUCCAUUUUAAUUUCAGCCAUGGAUUGUGGCAAGAAAGUGUACCGGGCUGAUGCCUCGUGCGAGCCGACGUGUGGAAGAAGUUCUGUGUCACAACAAGUGUGUCAGGAAGCCCCAGAAGAAGGUUGUGUGUGUCCUGAAGGUCAGAUGAGACAGGGAGACAACUGUGUUCCACCUCAGAACUGCGGAUGUGUUGUUUAUUUGCUAGAGGACACGGUCACCUGGACUCUAGCUGUAAGUCUGUAUGUGGUGUCAAAUAGGCAAAUAAUAAAAUUGUGAACAUGCUUAUUAAUUAAGCACAUCAAUAUUUUUUAUGAUAAAGAGCAGUGGUUCUCAACCUUCCUAAUGCUAUGACCCCUUAGUACAGUUCCUCAUGUUGUAGUGACCCCCAACCAUAAAAUUAUUUUUGUUGCUACUUCAUAAAUAUGUGAUUUUUGAUGGUCAUAGGUGUCCCCUGUGUAAGGUUCGUUUGAUCCCCAAAGGGGUCGUGACCCACAGGUUGAGAACCACUGACAUAGAGGAUACAGCUUCUCAUUUUGAAUGUUUACAUUUAUCAAUGUCAACUUUAUAAACGAAAUCCCUCCUCAUCUCCUUAAGCCUGGAGAAUCUAUGCUGCUGCCUAAAUGUCUUGAAACUGUCGACUGUGUUGUUAAUCAAGAUGGGACCAGUAGCCUUGUACAUAGACCCUUCAGCCUUCCAGUGAACAGUGUCUGCAACUCCCAGAUACCCCCCAGUGUUGAAUGUGCCACAGGCUUUAGCAAGGACGCUGACAACGUUACAUGUAAAAGUAAGUAGCAUGAAUCACCAUGGAUUUGGUUUGGUGAGAUAGAGUGUAUGGACAUGGGUUCAAAACCACAACUGAAUUUAAUCUUGCACAUAAAAAACAGACAAUGUUUAAACUUAAAAGUUAAAAAAAAUUAAGUUUUGGGUCAAUUUUAUUUUCAUUUGAUCAAUGAAUCUUGUCAUGCUCUCAAGCAAUAUUUAUAAUCAAAUUAAGAUUUUUUAAAAAACGGUAAAAUUCAUAGAUUUACAUUAAAUGUUUUGAAAUGAUUACAUUUUAAAAUAUUAUGUGCAGUUAUUCAUGGCGAGUUCUAAGUGGUUUUGAAAAAUAUAAGUAAUCGUGGAAAAGGGCCUACUAGGAAUCUUAUAAUGUUGAGACAUGAAUAUAAAGCUAAAUAAGGAUGAAUAGCAAAUUUUUACUUUGAUUACCAUUUGAUUUUACCAUUCAAUAAAAUUCAACUUGAUACAAUGGUAGGGCCUGGUAAAGAGAGAUAUUGAUUUUGACAUUCUUAAAAAUUUUUCAAAAAAUGAUUAAAAUUUUCCAUCCAUGGAUCAAUAAAUUGAGUUUCUUCAAACAGAGCAUUGCAAACUACGUUAGUAUUAUUAUAUUUUUACUAGAAAUAACCCACCAACCAACAGCAGUGGCAAAGCAUGAAUUUUCCAUCUACUAAAGUCACUUGACAAAACAUGCAUUCAAGUAGAGCACUAUAUAAGUAUCACCGUUAGUGAUAACUUCUGUGAAUUUUAUUUUUCAUGCUUUCUUUUUCCACAGCAUGGCAGCCAUACAUACAAACCUAGAGAAUUAUUAUUUGUGAUUUAUAAGUUCACUGGCUAAUGUAAUAAUAAACUUGGCAUUAGAUUUUUUAUUUUAGUAAAGAUUUAAUAUUAUCUCCUUCAUUUCUAAUCAUUCAGGAAUCCCAGCCCAAUGUGUGAAUGGUUUUUAUGAUGUGAAUGGAUUCUGUCUGAAAAGCCCAGAGGAACCUAAGACCUGGAGAGGGGCUCUCCAAGCAUGUAAUGAGGAGGACGGGACAUUGAUCAGUAUUGACACAGAUGCUAAGAUUAUAUCCCUCAUGAAGAUCUUGAAGGAAAAACAAUUGUGUAAGAUUAUUUUAAUUCUUAAAUAAAUAGUUUCAAAUCAGUGGAUAAAUUUUAAUGUUAUCUAAAUAAAUGUACUCCCAAACAUGGAAAAGGGAUUGACACUUCACAAUCUAAAAAAAUCCUCAACUAUCUAGCUGCAAUGCAUUAUAUCUUUUGAAAACCUUUCAAAUUUUCUUAUAUGCAUAUUCUCUCCUUUGUAUAAAUGGUCUUCCAUGUGGCGACUAAUUUGACCACUGGAUGGAAUUAAAUAAAAAUGGAUGAAAAACAUACAACAACAUUGACUUUAAGCCAUUGAUUAAAGCUGAUUUGCUAAAAAGGUUUAUAAGUGGCAAUAAAUUCAAAGUAAAUAAGCACAGCUGGAAUUAUUUAACAUUUUAUACACGUCAUAAAGAGUGAUGAGGGGACUUCAGGACGGAAUUAUUAUGUUUCUUUGUAUGUUUAAUUGUAGACUAAUACAAUCUCCAAUUUUUUUAAAAAAGAACAUAAUUAUAAUAUAAAUGUAAAUAGAUUAUUUUCAUAGUUUAAAUAACUUUGUGUUAUAUUUAUAAAACGUAAUGCAGUCCCUAGCUCUAAAGUAAGACAAUGGCAGUGAAGAGGCAUUUCUAAAUAAAUAAAGGAUAAAACAUACUAAAAAUUGACUUUAACCAAUUGUUUAAAGCUGUUUUGCUAAUAAGGUUUAUAAUCCAUAACGUAACCCAAAUAAAUAGGAUUAGGUUUUGUGACCCAGUGGUUCUUAAACUCAUGCCAUUGAGGAAAACCCGCACACAGAUGCGAUGAUGAACAUAAAAAAAAUCAGGUCAGCUGUGAUAUAAAAUGUCUUCAUACUUAUGAUCUCAUUAACAUUUUUAAAAAAAUAACAGUAGCUUAAAAUACUUCUCUAUCAGCUUUAGUUUACAUCAGCGGGAGAGUGAGAGCAGAUGUGGUAAUGGGUGCAGUUGUUUUGAAACCUGUGCUCAGCCUCACUGAAUAUGGCAAGGUAGAGUGGGCCAACUUCCGGUGCAGUGAUAAACUCCUCGGGAUGAUCAAGUUGUCCAGUGCCAUCAGCAUUGGUUCCAUUCCAGCAGAGGGCCUGAUCCUGAGUGUUGCUGUUAGAAUGACAUCAACUAGAUUGAUCUUUGAAGCUGUGCUUUCUGAUGCUCCAGCCAACUUUGUGUGUGAAGAGCGUAAGUGAUCUCCCUUUAACUGUUAUUUGUGUGGCCUUCAGGUAAGCGUGCUAUCUAACUAUUCAGACUUGUUAACGCUGCAUGACACAAUUUCCUCUAUGCUGACAACAUUCACUUUGAGACACAUUUAAUAAAGAUUUGUUUAUUCCAAAGGGAUCACAUUUUAUAAACGUUCAGCAAUGUGCAAUAUUAUAUGAAACUCAUAUCUGGUGACAACUGAAUUUUACAUAGGGAUGUGUGUUGGAAUUUUUUAAUGCAAUCAUUUAAAGCAAAAUUUGGUCAUUAAAAUUAACAUGAUGAUUGCCUUUACUCAUAGACUCUGAGAUUUAAAAAAUUGCAUAGAAAUCAAAAGUCAGAAUAAUAAACCAUAAUUUUUUGUGUUAGGUAAUUGACAAAAAGACAAUAAUUUAUUGUCCUAAACAGGUAAGGUGACUGAAGAAGAAACAGAAUUUUAUGGCCCAUGCAACAAUGAUGUGGAUAUGAAUGAUGGUGACCAGGAAAGACGUUAUGAUAUGAUUAUGGUAGGUAUUAUGGUAUAAGCCUCUUCUUAUAUAUGAUGAGUAACAUUUCAAAGGUAUGCGACAUUUGGCAUUCAUCUGCAAUUGAAUUUUUGCCUUGUUCAAGACCUACUAACCCUUUUAUUUUCUGUGUUUUAAUUCAGAUUUAAAAAAUAAGAGUGCUAAUGCAAAACAUUGAAAAAUCUAAAAUCUAAGAAACAAAUGCACUUGAUUUUGAUAUCAAUUAAAAUUAUAAUUUAUAUCAGAAUCCCUAAGGUUAGCUGACUGUCAUGGAAAAAAAAAAUGAUGCUUCACUUUCCUCUAAAAUACUCGUUUUUAAUAAUAAUUAUCAUCCAUUGAAUUUGUGAUUGAAAGCAGCUUAAAUAAAAAAUAAAACUUAAUAUUUUGGCAAUUUAUGAAUAUAAAGCUUAUAAGUUUCACAAAUGAAACAAAAUGAAAGAUUAUACGUUCAAAGUUGUUCCAUGGGAAAUUGGAAGGUAUGAACCAGUUUAAUAAUCCCAUAAACGGGACGACCAUACAUGAGGCUGAAUAAAUUUCAGGCAAGCAGUGAAGUGAAGAAUUAACCUCAUUAUGAAAAUCAAUUUCUUUGACACACAAAUAAAAUAUGCACACAGUCUAAAGCCUUAACAUCUUAACUACUUUGAUCAAGGAGCUCUUUAGUUAAUAAUUUUACACUAAAUAAAUAAAAAUUUUAGCAGAAUUUUUUUUUUUUUCAAUAUUUAAUGAAAAAAAAUGCUUUUAUUUUAAAAAAAUUUUUGAGGAGAAUGCUCAAAGAGAAUGUGAACAGAUAAUAUCAUAACUGCAUAAGUUAAUGAUAAUUUUAAAAUUACCAUUUAGUAAUUUACAUUUGUAACAGUGUCUAUGUCUUCACUAAGAGAGCUCUGCAAAGAAUGAUACUGCAAAGGAAUUUAUCUCAGUUGACUUUUGUCCACUUUGGUACUGUGUGUUCUAUAAUUAUAAACUAGACUACAAAUGCAUUACCAUAAAUUCUUGCAGAACCCAGACUGUCUUGUGUGUCCAAAACCAAUUGAAAUCCGCUGUGACGUCAAUCCCAACAGAGUGGUCGAGGGCUCAGUUGAGGGCACAUGUGAUUUUGGCGCCAAUGGUGAAUAUUACAGUUGUAAUGAAGGUCUCAGCUGUAUUGAUAAAGGUGUCAGCACCAGGUGUGCCAGAGGUCAGUUUAUUAUCAUUUUUAAUAUUAAAAUCUUGACACCAUUUGGUCUCAAACUUAGAUGAUGUGCUAAUUGCUUGCUUGUGAUGUAAGGCACGAAACAUGUUAAAGUUUUUCUCUAAGUGUUUGUUGACUUUAGAGUACUACAAUUCAUUGUUCUUAGCCAUUUAUGUGGAAAAAAAAAUUAAAAUUAAAAUAAAGGCUACGUAUUAUAUAUGUUAUUCAGAUAUAAACUUACUUUUUUGUUAUUGAGCUUUGCUGAUGUUUUAAUUAUGUUCGGUUGAUGUGUAUUAAAUCAAAAGCAAAAUGUCACUUUUUCCUUCUUUAAACAAUAUAUUUAAACUUUUGUUGAUUUAUUUUUAUGCGAGAUAUAACUGGCCAAAUAAUGAUGGUGAUGCAUAGACUUCCCUUCUUCUAACAUUACUUGAUAAAACAUAAAUUCAAGCAAUCCACUUCAUAAGAAUCCGAUUUAGCACUAACUUCUGCCAAUUUUAUUUUUCACACUUAUUGAACACAGUGUUACAGCCAUACAUACCUGGAGAAUUAUUAUUUGUGAUAAGAAUAAAUAAAGGAAAAAAUGUUGAGGGUCAAUCAGUUACACCCCAAAUUGUAAUAGCGGUUAAAAAAAAAUUAUUUAGGUUUAAAUAUAAAAUCAUAUUAUGUAAAAUUACACAGAUAAUGCCACAGAUUCUCAGUCGACUCAUGCAUCUGAUAUACAUUGAAUUAACUUUUCCCAUCACAGAUGCUGAUGAGUGUGCAACUGGUCGCCAUGACUGCCCAGUCAACACUAGGUGUGUUAACACUGUAGGUGGCUACUCUUGCAAGUGUACUGAGCAGUUUCCUCUUAUGGUCAAUGGAAAAUGUCAAGGUAACUAUGUAAAAAGAAGAAGAAAAAAAACUGAAGUUUAAACAAACCUGAGAACUUGUGCUGCAUAAGUGGUACUUUAAUCCAAGAACAAUAUAUUAACAAAUAGAUGUUUAGUAAACCUAGAAAUUCUUCAAGUAAAUGAAUGGAAUCGAUUUAGUAUUUGAAAUAAUAUAAGGUGAUAUUUUGGAGAAAAUUAUCAUUUUAUUUUCUGACUUUGAGAUUAUUGUCUAUAAACUAAUUCAUCAUGUCUUAAAUAAAUACAAAUUAAUUUCACAUUUUUUAAGUUGUCAUAAAAGAAUUUUGGGCAAUGUGUUGUCUCCCUCGAUGAACUAAACUUACUGUAAAGAUAUUACCCUGUAUAAAUCAUUUUACUUUUUUUUUUAAUUUAAUAUUUUCUUCUGCAGCUUCAAGCACAUGCACAAUGUCAGGACCAGCAACUCCAAUGGACUAUGUCUAUAACCUUCAAGGAUUUUCAGGAAUACCUGGACAAUUUGAUUAUGACUGUAAAUUCAAACUGGCCCACAUAUGUGACAACAGUAAUUGUGAGUUUCUGAAAUAGGUUUUCUAAUGCUUCAGAUUUUUAGAGUCAUUAAACAUUUUUAUAUUAAGGAUGUUGAGUUGAAACUCUAGUAGAAAGAGCAUAGAGUAGAUUUUUACUUGAGUUGUAUAAUAAGAGACAAAAGCAGAUUGACCAAACUUCUUAAGACUCUUUCUUUUUUUAAAUAUUUGCCAAAUAAUGAUUAAAGGAGUUUUGAUUAAAUGUAUAAAAAUUUCCAUAACUCAAAUUAAUUUGACCUGACCAAGUUUUCCUCUCCACUUCACAUAAUUAUUCAAAUUAUUUGUUUUAAUGAAUGCAGUUAUGGAUAUUUAUUGUCUUCAUUGUAACCUAACUGUUAGAGACUAUUAUUAUCUAUGCACUGUUGUAUGGACUAUAGAGUCUUCUUCUCAUCUAAAUAGCACCAUAGUUAUACAUAAGCUUUCUAGACAAUCCAGAAUGCUAUAACUAAGCAUUAUUCAGGUAUUAAUGUAAUCAAUGCGUUUUUCUAAUAUUCCCUUGACCAGAUAAUGCCAGUUCAGGUUUGCCGUACAUUUCCUUCUAUGUGAUGAGUUCCAGAGAUGCUGGAGCUUUACUGCCCCAUCUGUCUGGUGCUAUAUAUUUCCACCAGACAAAAAUAAUGAAGAGAUGGGGAGUAACCCCCGGACUUUUGAGUCAAGGUCUUAUUUCGGUAAUAACAAAGUAUCUGCCCAAAACAUUUUUUUCUUUUUUAAGAAAUGUCUUUUCAUUUUGAAAUAUGUUUUUAUUAUCUGGGAUAAGAUGCAUAACUCACAUAAACAUAGUGGCUAACAUGCAAAGUUGGGAUUCAAAUAUUAAUUUUAUUAUCAACAAAUGAUUGCAAAGCUAAAUUUGUUAUUGCAUGGUGUCUUUUGAUAAUAAAAAAAUAUUUUCUGAUUAGCAGAUUUACUUAAUUUAAAAAUUAAAAAAAAUUUAUGAAAAUUUAAAUACAACAUAACAUAACAUUAAAACUUUUAAAUAUUUCUUCAGUUUGCUGAAAAUGAUGGUGAUCCAAUACUGACAUCAUUAGGUUUUCUGGACAAGGACAUUCAAACCAGAUUCCAGUUUAUUGCACCAGGUACCUUACUGAUACGCCAGAGCAACAACUACUUCAAGGCAACCAUUUCCUUCCCAACAAGGAUACAGGUUUGAUUUAGGGAAAUUUAAAUAAAGCCUCUAUCUUUUUCAAUGCUGGAAAAUAUUAAUAUUCUCAUCAGUACAGAUUCCCGAAAGACUUUUGUAUAUAUUAUCACUAGGUGAUUUCAUGGAGGUGUGUUUUUAAAAAAUGGUUUUCUCUCAUUUACUCAGCUAUUCUACACCUUUACCCUCAUCUACCAUUUUUCAGCUCAAAAACCUUAUAUUUCACCAUCAUCUGCUACCCCAACCUACCGCCAAUCCAAUAUUUUCCCCUGAACUAUCAUACUAACACCCACCAAGCCCAUAUUUUCCCUUCGGCUAUCACAUUAACACCCCCAGCAUCUACAUCAAUAUUUAAACAAAUAACUAUAAUAAAAAAGCACAUAAUAAUUUCACUAAAUAUUAUUUUAUAAUCUGUAAUUGAUUAAAUUUUGUUCCCAGAUUGAAUUCUCGGAAGAAUAUAAAAAUCUUAUCUGUGGUGCUUGUAGGACCAAGCCAGAUUAUACUGAUGCCAAAAUUGUAUUGACUGACCAAGAAGUUGAUGAAAUCUCUGCUUUUCCAGAGGCCCCGUAAGUCUUUUCAAUACUGCUUGUAAUCUAAUCACAAAUGAAAAUGUAAAAUGUUUUACAAAUUAUUUAAAAUUUCUCUAUAAAAAAAUAUUGGCCUCACAUGAUUAAGAGAAUGACUCCUUCUUCCAGAUUUUGAUGGCCCAUGAUCAAUUUAUUGAUAAUUUUGGCUCCUGCUUUGAAUUCAAAGUUUGCCGUCUCUUAGAAUCCCAUCCACCCAGGGUGCUUGGGUUGUUUUUGUUUGUCUUGGCUUUGGUGGGGAUUGAACUCCAGACCACCAGCUAUUUGGAUUGAGUCCGCUUAGACAGCUCUGCCACGCAGCACCCAUUUACAUAUGUCCUUUCAUUUUGUGAGAAAUGGGAUUAAUAUGAUAAUGCAAAUGAUGUCAGACAUUACACUGAACUUCUAGAAAUAUUAUACUCUCUUGAAAGUUAAUUUAUGUAAUUUAAUAUUAUGCUCAGACAAGUAGCCAUGUAAACAUUUACUUUGAAUUAAAUGUCAACGAAAAAUAUAUCAUAUUUCUCUUACAUAUAUUUGUGUUAUGCACAUUUUUUGAUGGGUAAUUUAAAGUGAAGGCAAGGAGCUUAAAACAAACAGUUAUCACAUUUCUGGAUGAAAUUAUUAUUAAUCUAUUUAUGGAACAAAUAUGCUCCUUGUUUUUGUUUGAUUAAGGAUGUAUGAUGACCACUGCUAAUUUACUAACUUAGUUUUCUGGGAAAUAUUAAUUCAAACUGUUACAAACAUUCUCUUCAUAUUCAGGGAAAUAAAUUAAUUAUAUGCAAAUUAAUCAUAUUAUUUUUCUACCAGAUGCAGCCAAAGAGUUGUCCCGACUUCUCCACCACCCAUCACGCCCGAUGAGCCAACCACCCCAUCACAACCCAUAGAGACCACCCAAGAGCAGACAACUCCACAGAUUACCUAUGGCAGCACCAUAUUCACAGGAGUACCCACGUUUCCCAUUGAAACUCUUCCACCUGCUGUGGAGGUGACCCAGCCACCGCUGCCCUUUGAAACCCUGCCACCAUCACGAGAAGGAACUCCUAUUCCGGUCACCGAGGAACCCCAAACAACUGUAGGUCUGGUCACCCAGACAGAACCAACGGUUACUACAACACCAAUUCCUGUAGACCAUGAGCUUGAUGACUGUAAAGAUGAGGCCAUUGUGGCCUGUGGUGCACUGAGCAGCCUGUGUGGAGUGCCACAAGUAAGAUUCUCAAUUAACUUUGGCUUAAACAAGAUUUUAAAGUAUUUUAAAAGUUAUAAUGAAUGUUUUGCCAAGAUAGAAAUGUAUAUAUUUCUUUAUCAAAUUGAUAAAACAUGAUUUUUUGUGUGUUUAUAAGUAAGCCUAGUCUACUCCAAAGUUUCCCCAAAAGAGUUUAGAUUAAAUUAAACUAUAUCAUUCUCAACAAUUAUUUUCCACAGGAGAAAUGCAGAGCUUCUCUGUGUUCUGGUAAACUCAGCAUCUGCUCCUAUCUAGCAACAGACAAUUUUGAGUCUUGCACCCUGACGUCUGAACUUAAGGCAUUCAUUCAGUUUGAAAACUGUGAUCAGCGUAAGUAUACGUGUUGGAAAAUGCCUUAAUUUUUUUUUUUAAUUUAAAACUAAAUUGAUAAUAAAUUUCAUAGGUUUUGCAUGCAUCAAUUGAAGCACAGGUGAUCUCAAAAUCAAACAUUAAAUACAUAAAGUUAAACACUUACUGUAAGUCACACAUAGUGAGUAUGGAUGAGCAUAAUUUCUAUACUGGUAGCUUAAAGUGUUUUGAAAACAUAUUUACCUACAUUCAAUUAAGCUCUGGAAAAUUUCUAAAAGAUGUUAAAACAACUUUGAAACUUGGAUCUCCUAUCCAAGUUCACCAAAAUAGCAUAGAAAAUGGCCGUCUCAUGUUAGAUAAUGUAUCUGCAGUCUGUGGAGCAAAUAUGGAGUUCAAGUACACCACCAGAUCCCAGCAACCGACCUGCAUAGAGCCUAUCCUCAGCACAUCUGUCAGUGAGAGCUCUGAUGUUGACUACACAUUUGCUUGUGUUUGUGAUGAAGGAUUCGUCCUCAGUCAGACAGAGUGUGUCAGGGUGUCAGACUGUGGUUGUGUUAUGACGAACGGUGCCUACAAACCAGUGAGUUUUAUUUUUAAUUUUAUCAGUUAAUCUAUAGACCUAAUAUUGGUAUCUUUUUCUGAUUAGAAUAUAUUGUUUCAUCGAAAUUCCUCACCAUUUCACCUCUAUUUGUUCCUCACCAUUUCACCUCUUUUUGUUCCUCACCAUUUCACCUCUAUUUGUUCCUCACCAUUUCACCUCUAUUUGUUCCUCACCAUUUCACCUCUAUUUGUUCCUCACCAUUUCACCUCUAUUUUUUCCUCACCAUUUCACCUCUAUUUGUUCCUCACCAUUUCACCUCUAUUUGUUCCUCACCAUUUCACCUCUAUUUUUCCUCACUAUCUGCCUAAAAUAAAUAUUGUUUUAGUUUACCUUGUUUUAUUUAUAAUUACUAUUAAUCUUUCUUUUAUAAAUGAACACUUUUUAAAAAGAUUAUUUCUGUUAGUGGAAGAUAAGGUCACUUCCCCUAGGCCAGUGGUCGGCAAACUCAUUAGUCAAAAGAGCCAAAAAUCAGCAGCCAGACUUUAAAUAUUUUUUUUGAGAACCAAUUUUCUAUUCACGACCUUGUCAAGAACCAUGUUUUUCUGAGUCAAAACUGAUUUGUGGCUGACUUGUUGAGCCGCACUCAGGUUGCUAAAGAGCUGCAUGUGGCUUGGGAGCUGCGAUUUGCCUUACAUGGGGCACGUACAAACACUAAUACGACUGACUAAAAGGCUUAUUCAAAUCAUUACAAAUACACUUGGUGAUUUUUGUUGUUCAUUUAUCCAUUCAUUGAACAUCUAUUUCAUCAAAUGGACAAUGGAUUUAAGUUCACCCUAAAGGGACUAGCCAUGCCUUAUAGUGAGAAUAAAUUCUGAAAUCUUCAUCUCCCAGCCUGGUAGCCAAUGGCGUUCGGAUGACUGCAGAGAGGUAAGAACCUGCCUAGGUAACAACAAUGUCAACACCCAGGUAGCACCUUGUGGUUCUAAUACUGAAUGUGUUGUUGGGGAGCGUGGUCCAGAGUGUCGAUGUCUUGAUGGCCUUUUUGGCAAUCCAGACAUGCCACAAGGAUGUAGUCCAGGUUUGUGAAGAUUUAAUAGAGUUGUUUGUGUAUAAUAUACUGAUGUUACUACUUAGCUACAGGAUUUGAAAGCAUAAAUAAUUGUUAGUUACUUUGAGAGUAGUUUGUUAUUCUGUCUGAAAUAAAAAUAGCGAAUAUAACUACAUUUAUAAAAUACAUUUUAAAUAUUGCUAAUAUAAUUACAUUUAUAACUUAAAUUUAAAAAAUUCUUCUUAUUCAAUAUAAUAAGGGCCGACGAUCAAUAUAUUGAUCAUUCUGGCUCCUGUGUUAAAAAUUGCUAAUAAUAAUAUAACUAUAUUUAUAACUUAAAUUUUUAAAAUUGCUAAGAGAAACAUCUGUUUAUUGAAUUGUAACUUGCAGGUGAAAAGUCUCUUGAUGGCAGCAAAACUUGCUACAAUUAUGUUCUGUCUGAUGGACAAAAUGACACCCGCUGUGAUUGUAACAUGGGAUUUGUUUCAAACUGUGAUGACUGUGAAGGUAAAAUGUACAUUUUACUUUUUAUACUUCACAAAUAUAAGUACAGUGCAACCUCUCAUAACGAGCACCUCUCAUAACAAGUAAUCGCAUAAUGAGCAAAAAAAAAUGUGAAGAAGUUGCUCCCUUAACGAGCGACAUUUCGCAUAACGAGUUAUGCAGAAAGGGGAAGUCCCUUUUCCCAACAUUGAUUUGUGAGCGGAGACUUCCGCGCCGUGCAUUAGUCUGUGUUUAAUACUCGGUCUUUUAGCAUAUUGUUUUCGUGUGUGAUCACCAGUUUUUACAAAUUUUGUAUUCAGACAGUAUUUGUAAUUUUUUUAUGUGCAGACAGUAUUUGUAAUUUUUUAUGUGCAAAGUGUAAUAAUCUAAGCUAAAAUGUCUUGGAAGAAAAAACCACAAGAAGACAAUCAUAAGAGAGAAAAAAUAACUGUUGAAAUGAAACGUAAAAUCAUUGGAAAGCGAGAACAAGGUAUGAGCGUGGCUAAUCUAGCGCGUACAUACAAUCAGUCAACAUGGGAAAAUGUUGCAUCCUACAUUGAGAAGCAUCACCCUAAUAAGGAGGUGGCUAUUCGUGCCACAAAUUUAUUCCAUGAUAACGCUGUGACACAUUUUCAUCAAAUUUUGAAGCGGUGCCACAAAUUUAUUCCAUGAUAACGCUGUGACACAUUUUCAUCAAAUUUUGAAGCGUCGGCAAAAACAAAUAUCUUUAGACAGUUUUCUAGUUAAAAAGGAUUAUUUGUCAUAAAUUCAUAUUUUUAUUUACGUUUUUGUUUCAAAUCUAAAUUGUAUUCCAAGUUGUUACACUCCUUAACAAUUCAUAAGUAAUUUUAUUUGAAUAAAUGUUAAUAAAAACUUUUGAAAAAUGAAUAUUUUUUAAGCAUGGAACGCAUUAUCGUAUUUUACAUUGAUUUGUAAGGGAAAAAUUUGUUUCGUUUAAUGAGUGUUUUUAAUGAGUAAGAUUCUGGAACAAAUUAUGCUCAUUAUGAGAGGUUCCACUGUAUAUUGAACAUUUUCCAACUCUUUAAAUGGAACUGUAAGAAGCAACCUCAUUUUAUUUCUUUUUAAAAUGUGCUGGAAAAAAAAAAUAGAAUAAAUCAAUGACCCACUUUUGUCUGCAAAACAAAAUAAACCUGCAUAGAGCUCAAAUUCUGAAAUCAGAAAUAUACAACUUAAGUUAACAAGGAAAAAUAUAAUUAUGUUGUGAUACUUUUCUUAAACAGUUAAAAGUUUAAGUCAAAGCAGUUCAUAUCUGCUAAUCGUCAUGCAGGAGGUAGUGUUUUGUUUGGGCAGAGCUGCAUUCAUGGAAAGGUUAUUGUUCAAAAGACAUCGUCAGAAACUCAGUCUAGGAAUAAGCGUUAACUUGUCUAAUACUAUAAAUAAAGGCCAGGAAAGAAUUUAACAUUUUUUGUCAUAAUUUUAGUUAAAGAAUCAAUAUUUUAAUUAUCAUCACUUACUAUUCUCCUCCUUGUUACUUUUCAUCAUGAAAAUGAACAAUUUUAAAAUUGAUUAUGAUAUGGACUAUUCUUGUUCAUUUUGAAACAUGUUCACUCUGAGAAAAAUAAGAAACCAUUGCUUUAGUUAUAACAUUGUGUAUUAAUGCCAGCUAUGUUUAUGUUAGUGUCCUCUCAUUAAUACUUUGCUAUAAAAAUUAUAACCAUUUUGUUCACAGAUAUUGAUGAAUGCAAAGAAGGUCUCCAUGAGUGUGACCUGACCAUAAGAAAAUGUAUCAAUGUACCAGGGGGCUAUCAGUGUGGAUGUGCUGAUGGUUUUGUGGAGAAAAAUGCUCAGUGUGUGGGUAAGUAAGCCACAAGUGUCAAACUUGUAGUUUUGAUGUAAAUCAAUAGAAAAUCCCUGUCUGUGCUAAAAAAUUUGCUGUAAGUAGUAAAAUUGUUGCCCUUUGAUUUAAUAUAGCUACUGAUGAGUUGUUGAGUAGGUAUAGAGUUGGCCUGUUUAUGUAAUUAUAUAUACACCUGUCCUAAAACAAGUUGGUAUUUAGAAAAUGUAAAUAAGAUGUUAAAAAUUCUGAUAUGAGUUGAGACAACAAGUGUGAAUAAGUGUAAACAAGUCUCAACAAUAGUUUGUAACCCAAUAUGAUGCUGCAUUGGACUAUGACAUAAAUAAUAGAGAUUUUUAAAACAACUCCCCAUUUCAACAAAAUUUUUCCUCGUAUAGUGGCUUUUUUUGGAUCAUCAAAAAUUACACUUUAAAACCCAAAAAAUGUUUGGCUGCAUAGUUAUGCAAGUUUUUGACAACCAAAAUACAAACUUGCGUCUUUAAGAUUUUUUUUUUAUAUUACAUGUCUUGAUGACCAUAACUAAUUAUUUUUCACAGAUCAACUGUCACUUUUAUUUUAAUUUUGUCUAGAUAUCAAUGAAUGCGCUCAAGAUAAGAAUAUCUGCAAAGAAAACUCUCAAUGCAGAAACACUGAGGGGUCAUACGAUUGCAUCUGUUGUGCUGGUUACUUGUGGAAUCCAGAGUCUCUGAGCUGUGAGAGGGAGUUGAUGGGUAUGUAAUUUUACUAUUAAGAAAAAAAAAAUAUUUUAUCAGUGUUUUCCUAUCUUUUAAUGUGCAAUAUUCCAGAGAUGAUAGUUAUCACUUUUUACAAGAUUGAAACAAAAAUAUGAUUUUUAAUAAUUCAAAAUACUGCUUAUCAUGCUAUCAAAAUAUCAUUUAAAAUGAAAUUUUGUUACAAAAAUUGAUUAUUUUUAAAGUUAUAUUUAUGCUUUAACUUUAAUAGAUGAAAUUUAAAAUAACAGUGAGAAAUGAAAAUUUUAUAUAUUUCACAUGUGUGAAAUUAAAUGACUGCUGUAUAAAUUUGCCAUCCCCAACUGAGACUGAACUGAACAGAUUUUUGUGUGUUUUAUUAAAAUUGUAUUUUUAAAAAAUUAUAAGAUUUAGAGAACAAACUAGUUACCCAGAACUGGUCAACUUUUUCAAAAUUAAAAUCCAAGACCUGUCAUUGACUGGUGAGGUUAGUUAACAAAUAAACCUAAGACACUAAAAUAUGAAACUGAUGACAGUUUCUGACUAUUUGCAACAGGAUGCAAUGUUUAAGUCAAAUAACAUAUUUUUGACUACUUGCAACAGCAUAAAAUGUAUAAGUCAUAUAACAUAAUCUGAACUUAAAUCCCACCAGGUUUUCCUUCACUUCCUGUCAAUGCCAGCUGCUGUGCACUGUGUAACAAUGACGCCCUGUGUGAGGAAUCUGAAGGUCUUCCCAGCCCUUACUGCUACACUGAUGAGAAAGGUCAGAGGUCACAGUUUGUCAGCUACAAGCGAAUGUACCAGGAGCGCUGCCUGAACAACCAGCCAUUGAACAAAGAUGGCAUCUCCAAGGGAGGAUGCCCAUCAGUUAAUCCCAAUCCUAAUGCAGGCCCAGGUAAUCUAGAGAUAUCUGUAGGUUUUGGGUGACUUGACAGCUAAGUGUCAUUCAUCGUCUCAAAGCAUUACAAAUUCGUUAUCUCAAAGUAUUACGAUUAAAUAAAUUUGAUUAUCUACAUUUGCAUUGAUGAAGUUUGUUUCCCUGACCAUUUAUUUUAGUUAAUGCUCUUCCCUUGCAUUUUAUUAAUUUCGUUUAUGUGGUAUACUUUACGUCUGAUUUCCUUUAUUAGUUCUUAUUAUAGCUUGUCUAAUAUUCAGAUGGUGCUAAUAUUCAGAUGGUGAAAAUAUGAAAAAUUCCAUUGAACAUUUUCAAAACAGAUUUGUGUAAUGUGAAAGACUUUGCAAAAUAUUAAAAUAGAAAAAAAAAACAUGUAUUACAUUCAUUAUAUUUUUUUUGUUAAUCAUAAUUAUAAUGCUUUGUUUAAUUUUUAGAUUUUAGUAUUAUCUAUACAGUAACUUUUCUUAAUAGGUUCACCACCAGCACCACUCCCCAAUUCUUGUGAUGAUCCAUCUCUGUGUGCUGCGCUUCCACCCCCACCACCAGCUCUUGCUCAAGGUAUGAGGAAGUUGUCUGCUCCAUUAUAUUGUACAUUUUUCUUUUCUUUUUUGGCAAUAGGAUAACAUUUGAUGACUGUGGAAAAUUAAGAUUCUUAUUAGCAGAGUGACAUUUCAUUUUUGACAAAACUGGAAAUUCAAGAAAUCAAAGUAGAGCUUUAAGCAAAUAUAAAAGAAAAUUUUCCAAAAUAUCAUAAGCGAGUAACUAAGUAACUAUUAAGAAAAUAAUGAAAAUCUUCAUGGAAAUAAAUGUGUAGUGCAUCUUGUUAAAUGAAUAUGCAGUUAAUAUUCUCAAAGAAUUUUCAGUGAAUCUUCUCAAAGGUUACUGUGAAUAAAAAUAACAAAUUUAGAACUGUUUCUUUUAGCUCUGUACUGUAAAACUUUAAUUAGGUCUUAUUUUUGGAAGCCUUCUUUGUGUAUCAGAGGACAAUAAGAAUGGUAAGUUUGAUUAGCAUUUAAAUUGAAGAGUACAAACAUGUCACGGCUUGGCUCAGCUCAACUGCAAGAAUGGAGUUGACUCUCAGACAUGUCCAUACUUUAAAAAACAAAAACAAAUCAACAAUGAAUAUAUAUUACAGAAACUUCAGAAGCAUCCUAUUGUCUUUACUGGCACUUGCUACUUUGCAUGAAUCUGCCCUCUGACAAUGAUGUGGAUAAGAUAUAAUACAUACAUAAUGAUUUCCUAAAAUUGUUUGUUAUUUUUACACAGGCCAAGUUUGUGGACCACUUAACGCUGAAAUCCCUAAGACCUAUCCAUCCUACUGUGACAUGGUCCGGGCUAUUUGCAAUUCUCUCGGUGGUCCACGCAGUUUACCCAGGGAUGCAACCGUCAAAGCUAACCCAGGACCUUGUCAAGGAGAGGGACCACCAAAGCCUGAUGUGCAUCGUAAGCUUAAUUUUUUUAGUGGUGUUUUUUAUGUUUUUUUAAAGACAUUUACACAAUAACCUAGAGGGGUGGGGGAGUGGGGGGCUGGAGCGAGGAUUCAAUACAUCAAGGAUGGGAAACCUGCAGAAAAAAGGCUGCCCACUGAAACAGUUAAAUUGGCUCACAAGACCUUUAGGGUACUGAAUUAAUGUUUUCAUAAAGUUUGAAAACUUUUCAUUAUCUGUGCAAGCUUUGAAAAUUAUAAAUAACAUUGUAAUAUUGUCAUAACAAGUUAAAAAUUGUGUUCAGCAAAGAUAAAAGUCACAUUUAAUAUUUUUAAGUUUGUAGUUACAAUUUAUCAGAUAUCUGUUAGUAAUCAACUAAAAAAAAAAAAUAAUUUAAAAUUUAUUAAAUAAUAUUGGCAAAUUAUCCCAACUGCCUGAUCGAACGGAAGAGCUUGCAGACUUUGCCAUGCUGGUUCUUGAUUUUGAAUCGAUGAAUUAGUGUAUUUAUAACAUUAAACAACAGAUCUUCCAAUUUCUCACAUGCAACAAAACUAUUUUUAAACAAACAAAAAAGAAUCGCACUAAAUAUCGUUCAAAAUAAUUAUAAAUUCGACCAAACUUCCGUUCGACCAAAUUUCUAUUCAAUCAAACCUCAGUGCCAUCAAAUUUCCAUUUGACCAAACUUUGUUCGAUCAAAUUUCCGUUCUACCCAACUUGUGUUCGAUGAAAUUUCCAUUCAACUAAACUUUUGUUUAAACUUCCAUUCAACUUCCGUUUGACCAAAAUUCCGUAUCAAAUUUCUGUUCAACCCAACAUCUGUUGAUCAAUUUUCUGUCAACGAAAUUUCUUUUUUCAAAAUUUAGAUCAUUCUCUAAAGUUUUUCUGGCAGAUUCUCUGUUUUUUUUGUGUGGCUUGCUGUAUAUUUUUGUCACAGAAAGGGGAUUUGUUCUCAGAAUUUUCUGUGGUGUUGUUUUGCGCGAUGUCCUAAAAUAGUACAUCACGUCUUGCUUUAAAAAAAUCCCAGUUUGCUUUUUUUGAAAUUCUUUUGAUUUGGUGUUGUUAUUGUCAUGAGAGAGGGUCUGUGAUUGCUACCUUUGUGGUCCAGCACCUCUCAGGUUGUAAGUCAGUAGUCGGCUGAGUGUUAUGAGCACUGUGAAGAAGAGUUGGUAUAAACUGUUUGUUCUGUAAAGUGAAUAGGUUUGUAGAGUUUCUAAGCACUUCUGUUACCUUGCCAGUGUUGUAAUUUUGGUAUCUCAUUGAGGGGAGUGGCCAUUAAAAUAACCAGCAAUCAUGGUCUUGGAAUAUUGUGUGUUCUCUAGGUGGGCUAAUUUGCAGUUUUAGGGGUUGUAUAUGGUAAAAACUAUAUAUUUUUACCAUGGUACGAAAGAGUAGGUUUUUGGAUAUCUGUAAGCUGAUUUGUGUGGACUGCCUCCAAGUCACCGUGGAUGUAAUUUCUUAUGUUGGAGAUGAAGCCCCUUUUGUUGGAGAUGAUGCCUCUUAUGUUGGGGAUAUGCCCUUUAUGUUGUUGAUGAAGCCCCUUUUGUUGGUGAUGAUACCCCUUAUGUUGGUGAUGAUGCUCCUUAAGUGGGUGAUGAUGCCCCUACUGACAUGCCAUUUGCAAAUGUCAAAAGUUUUAUAAUGAACACUAUUUGGAAAUAAAUUAAUGUGUUAAAACUGAUUUGAUUUCUAUGAACUGCAAACUUGUGUGUUCAGGGCACAGAAUUUGGAAGCCUCAUGUCAGCCUCUACUAAUAAUAUUUUUAACAUCCUCUACUGAAUCAGUUAAAUAGUGGGGUAACUUGAUUAUUGUAUGGGGGAGAACUUAUCAGUUUUUGUUUUCAAAUGGGUUAAAUUAAAGUAUUCUUUUUUUUUUUUUAAUCAGAUGCAAAGAAACCAAAGUUUUUAUGUCAAAUAAUUAAAAGAAUUGUUUCCCUACAAAAGUCAAUGAACUUUGUGUUUCAAUUUUCCAUUUUAACUUAAAUAACUCAUCUGAACACAGCCUCUGAGCCACUCUUUACACCAUGGAGUCCAUACAGCAAGUGCCUGUUCAAGGAUACCACCAAGAACUGUGGUGAAGGACUUCAGGUGAAGAACAGACAGAUUGUUCCACAUGAUGACUUGAGACCUGUGCGUGAGGUAGAAGACUAUGAGACAACUGACAGGCGACCAUGCUUUGAGCCUUGUCUGGAUGAAGCUACAGGUACAUUAUAAUGUAUUUUUUCCCCUCAUAAGGUAAUGGAAUUUAGCAGCAAGACAACCCAUCUGUAAAAGUGUUGGUGAAAGUGUGCGUAAAAUCUUUAAAAAUGCACAAUUGGUAUUUACCUGAGGAGGUGGAAAAAAAGUUUUUCAAUUAGAUGUUUUAUUCCACUCUAAAUUUUUUAAUUUGUUACAAAAUCCCUCUGUUUUCUUCUAAAUAGUUGUUGGCUCAAAAUGUCAAGGGUAAUUUUUAACCACACAUUGUUUAUUCAUUAUUACUACUCAAUGCACUGUCUGAUUUUCUUCUUCUUUAUUCACAAAUAAUAUACAUUAUACAAAGAUCCAAAUAACCAACUCAAUAUACUGAGGAAAUAACUCCAUGAAUUGAACUCUACCAACUGACUCCACAAAAUGCAUUCCACCCCUUGUUCAUGCAGCAUUUAAACACCUCACUUGGGCCUAUUUACUGACCUUGUGCACCACGACCAAUGGCGGCCUAUUUACUGACCUUGUGCACCACGACCAAUGGCAACACACCCUCACAACACCAUUCACCGACUCACGAUCAACAACUACUCCAUGCACAAAACAAUCGCGCUCACAAAUCCAGUUCCUAACAGUAUUCAAAUAUAAAAAUGAAAAGAUACAUUAAAUUUAAAUUGCCAUUAAAAAGUUUUACUUCACUGGUUGAGGUACAUCAAAUAAUUGAAUUUUCAUAGAUCUUCCAAAAGUUAGGUAUUAUUUUUUCAAUCAUAAACCUGAACAUCAAGAGUUAUACAAAAUUUAUUUUGUUUGAUAUCAUAGAAACAUUAUUUUUUAUUGGAAUUUGGGGUCAACUAAAUUGUAACAAACAUUUUUAAAAAAAAAAGAUUAUAUCAUUGCCAUCAUUCUUAAUUUCUCUUGUAACCUCCAUUUUUUUAAUUGAUAAAGAAAGUAGUGGGACAAAAAUAAGUUGAUAACCCAAAUUUUGUUUGACCCACUGGUGUAUGAAAUUAUGUUAAAAUCACUUCCCGUCAAUCAACAUGUGUUUUCAAGAAUGAAUAAUUGUUUUGUAAUUAAUCUUAUUGUAAAUUUGUGCCCCUGAAAAUAUAUUUAUUCUUGUUAUUGAAGGCAACCCAGUUGGUGAAUGUCCAGAACCAAGUUUCUGUAAUGAGGUUGACCCCGUAUGUGGUUCCCUGGGGUCAGGGGCAGCCAAGGAAUACAAUAGUGAAUGUGAGCUCAACGUUGCUGCCUGUGUUGAGGCGAGGUUACCCCACAAACUGUACUCUGGCAGCUGUGACCCAGAGGAUGGUAAGCUGCUUCCCUAAUUUGACACUUAUAUUCUGUAGAAUAAUUAAGAAUAUAAUAGCUGAAUGUAAUGACAUUUUUAAUGACAUAAUAUCAUGUUCACAAAUAUUUGGAUUUUUGAAAAGUUAAUCAAAUUUAAAUUAUACAAAUUCAAACGUUUAACAUUUUUUAUUUAAACCUCACUACAAAACUAAAUUAAAAAAAUUAAUUAGCAAAUUUUACAGUGGCGUAUCUGCUUUUUUGCUCUGCUGUAAGUUAUAUCUUAUUAUCAACAUAUCUGUUAACCAUCUAUUGUUCCUGCAGGUGCAGUAAGACAUCGCUACUGUGAGCAAGCUGGACCAGUCCAGGUGGCUGUUAAGUACGACAUUGAGAGGGACGGUGUCCACUGUGUGGGUGAACCUGUCUCUGUAGGUUCCUGUGGAGAUCUCCUCUGUGAGGGUGGGGCUGGCACUUGCUGUAAAGCCACCAGCUAUGAGCAGGUGCAAGUCAGUGUACAGUGCUACAGUCUCGAGACCAAGUUGCCAGUCAGCAACGUUAAACAUGUUGUGAGUAUGAAUUGGACAGAUAUCUAAACAUUGAUUACCCAUUGGUCUUUUCAAUUUUGUUCUCUGUGUUUAUAAAAAUCAAAUUAAGUACUAUAUAGGGUUAAAAAAAAAGAUGUAAGUAAAUCAUUGUACAUGUUAAAACAAUGAAAUUGAAUUAUUGUAGGAGACUGAUAACUUGAAAGGGGAAAUAUAUAUUUACAAAAAUAACUUAAAUAAUAUUAUUAAAGAAAAAGGAUCUUUGAUAUUGAAAAAUAACAGCUGGAAAGCUCAUAUCAUUUGAAAACAUGUGGAAAACAAUUACAAACUUUUAACAACUUUACUCUGAUCAUAAAUAUCUGACUUUUAUCAUGAAUGUUUAAAAGAAAAAAAGAAUUAUUUUAAUGUUUAGAUGCUCUUAUUUCUGUGAAUUAUGUCAUCAUGAAAAAAUAUAUUUUCUUCUCAAUUUAAUAAAACAGUUUGCCACAUAAGUAAAUUUCCCUAAGAGAAAAAUUCAAAUGAAAUUCAAUGAAGAAAUUAUUAACUAUUUAUUUUCAAAAUUUUGAUACACAUCUCAAAAGGGAGCCUAUUAAUUUUCAGUAAUAGGGAUAUUUGUUCACAGACUUGACAUAGUGAACCAUCAACCCAUGCUUUCCUAAUUCAACUGGGGUUGUUGCUACCUAUAAAAAGUGUAUUUAUCAUUUUUUUUUCUUUCAUGCUGGUGGCAUGUGGCUGAAUUUUCAACAUUUUUAAAGGUCUAUUUAUUUCAAUUUUGAAAUUUUCAAGGCUUUGUUUUGUCUUUAAAACAAAAAUCCUCUAAAUUCUCUCCACAGUACAUCUCUGCCAAAGAGUGUAAGUGCCAAGUUGACUCUCCAUAGACUGGCCAGGAUGCCACCCUGCUCGUUAUUUAUUUCAUCAUGUACAGAAAUGAAAACACCAUAACCCUGGUGUCAGUAAUAAAAUAUUAGAAGAAU